AUGGAUAUGCCAUUUGAUUCUACGACAACAACUAUGACAACAGCUUCUACAACCACCACUCGUUUACCGCGAAUUCAAAAUGAUUUUUGUUCAAUGUGUUCUGAGAUGGUGAAUGUUCAGGAUUUAAUAACCGAUUACUGCCGUUCAUCUAUUGUUUUUCGUUCGCGUUUGAAAAAAUUUGAUCAAGUAUCCAAAUAUUUGAUAUUUGAUAAGAAAAAACAUCGGUAUUUUAAAACACCAACAUCAAAACGUCAAACACAAUUAAAAUUUUAUGGUGAAAAAUGUUCAUGUAUGAGAUUAAAUGAGCCAAUGAUUGUCUUCGUAUCAUCAUCGCACACAGAUACAAUAAUUCGAUUUAUCUCAAUAAAAAGCAAUCACAAAACAUUUCAAUUAUUUCGCCAGAUAAUUGGACUAAGAAAGCCAAGAUGUAAGAUAUAA